AUCACCGUUCUCUUUAUAAUCUCUUGGGAAGGAUUACUGGCAAAAUACAUAAAUACAUUAACACCGAUAUAUAUGUAUUUAUGUAUUUUGCCAAUCCUCAGCACUGAAUUUUAGGGUGAUCAAAACCCUAUUUGCUAGGUUUAUAAAGUCAAAAAAACAGUUGCGGAACACCUCAUUAUUCCCAGAGCUUGUCAAGUUGAUUAAAAGUGCGUUUUUCAGCACGGCGGUGAGCGGAUUAAUCGUGUACCGGCCAAUAAAGAUGCCUUACGGCGCCCCCCUCCCCCUUCCACAUUCUUCCCGACCCUCUUCGCACUCAUUCCUCAAAAACCUCCAAUACGCUGUAAAAUCAAAGUAUGAGCCUCCCCUGCUCACACACAACGCACCCACACACACACACACACACACACACGGGGAGCACAGCGCUGAGAGACAUCUCGCGCCUCUCCGAAGGAUCUUAUUAUUUUUUUUUUCUAAAAUUAUACAUUUAGAGGCUCCACGUAGACAUGAUGCCAUAAUGUCAACUAUUAAACUUCUUAUUUAUUUUUAAACAUUUUUUUUCCACUUUUCACAACUUGUGCGUCUGGUCAUUUAGGAUUUUGGACAUAACCGAGAUGGAACAAGGGCACGAGAGGAGGCAAUGGACAUCAGCGUGGUCAGCUUUUCGCCUGCUUAUGUGUGUGUGCGCGUUGGACCGGGUGCUCGCCCAGAUUCGGUACUCGGUUCUGGAGGAGCGCGAGCACGGCGCAUUUGUCGGUAACAUUGCCGAGGACUUGGGCUUGGAUGUCUCCAGGUUGUCUGCCAGGCGAUUCCGCAUAGUGUCCGGAGCUAGGAAACAAUAUUUAGAGGUCAAUUUGGAAAACGGGAUUUUGUUUGUGAACGAGAAGAUUGAUCGAGAGGAGUUAUGCGAACAGAGUCCGGUUUGUUUCUUGCACUUGCAGGUGGUCAUUGAAAACCCACUGGAACUGUACCGAGUGGAAGUUGAGAUCUUAGACGUUAACGACAACGCUCCGAGUUUUCCGUGGAGCGAGUUCAAUCUAGAGGUUACCGAGUCUGCAGCGCCGGGCUCACGGUUCCCACUCGAGAGCGCACAAGACCUAGACGCGGGAUCCAACUCACUCCGCUCGUACCUGCUGAGUGCUAACCAACACUUUGUACUGGACGUGCAGACGCGCAACGACGGGAGCAAGUUCGCAGAACUCGUGCUGGAGUCUCCCUUAGACCGAGAGAAGCAGAAAAUGCACGAAAUGGUCCUAACCGCCGUGGACGGCGGCUCUCCGCUGCGCUCUGGCACUGCUCAGAUCAUGGUUACAGUACUGGAUGCGAACGAUAAUGUCCCUGUAUUCGACAGAUCUGUUUACCGGGUGAGCCUGGUGGAGAACGCACCGAGAGGAACGCUAGUGCUCAAGCUCAACGCCACGGAUCUGGACGAAGGCUCGAACGGCGAGAUCGUCUAUUCAUUCAGCGGUCACGCGCCCUUGAAAGUGCGCGAGCUGUUCAGCAUAGAUUCUUAUUCGGGUGAAAUUCGGGUGAAGGGGAUUGUAGAUUACGAAAAAGCCAGCGUCUACGAGCUCUAUGUGCAGGCUAAAGACAAAGGUCCCUCUGCUGUGGCCGUGCACUGUAAAGUACUUGUCGAUAUAUUGGACGUGAACGACAACGCGCCAGAGGUCAUCCUGACCUCUGUCUCCACACCUGUUCAGGAAGACGCGCCUCCGGGGACCGUGAUAGCCGUGAUCAGUGUCAUGGAUCGUGACUCCGGAGAAAACGGAGCAGUGGACUGUCAGAUCCCCAGCCACGUCCCUUUUAGGCUUCACUCGUCCUUUAAAAACUAUUACACUCUGGCGACUAGCGAAUUUCUGGACAGAGAGUUGGUAGCCGAAUACAACAUCACUCUCACGGCGCGAGAUUUAGGCUCGCCACCGCUCUCCACCGGGAAAACUAUUCAUGUUCUUGUGUCGGACGUUAAUGACAAUCCUCCGCGCUUCCUUCAGCCGUCCUACACCGUCUAUGUGACCGAGAAUAACGCACCGGGCGCUUCCAUUUGCUCUGUGAGCGCAGUCGAUCCGGACUCUAACCAGAACGCCUAUCUAUCCUACUCUAUCCUGGAGGGUCAAAUAAGGGGCAUGCCGGUGUCCACGUAUGUUUCUAUUAACUCGGACAAUGGCAACAUUUACGCUCUUCGCUCCUUCGACUACGAGCAGCUCCGCAACUUUCAGAUCCGAGUUCAGGCGCGGGACGCCGGUUUCCCGCCGCUGAGCGGAAACGUGACUGUAAGCGUGUUUGUUUUGGACCAGAACGACAACGCACCACUAGUCAUUUCCCCGCUGCCGAAGAACGGCACGGCGGCUGCUGAGACCGUGCCGAGGUCGGCGGACGCAGGCUACCUCGUAGCAAAAAUUACAGCGCUGGACGCAGACGCCGGGCAAAACUCUCGUCUCUCGUACCAAGUGCUGCACGCCACGGACCCGGGGCUGUUCAGCAUCGCGCUUUACACGGGUGAAAUUCGGACCAUCCGCCGCUUCGUAGACAAAGACGCCACAAGACACAGACUCGUUAUACUGGUCAAGGACAAUGGGCAGCCCUCUCUUUCGGCCACCGUAUCUCUCAUUCUGACACUAGUGGACGGAGUGCCGGAGUCGCUGUCAGACCUCGAUGACCAUGCUAUCAGCCGCCGAGCGCCUUCUAACCUCGCCUUCUAUCUGAUCAUCUCAUUGAGCGUGGUAUCGCUCGUCUUCCUAGUAGCCAUCAUCGUACUGGCAGCGCUGAAGUGCUACAAAGACCGGGACUGUCCUGGAGAUUUCGGUCUGUCCUCUAUCGGUGCUGCGUGCUGCACACUCGAAUCCGAGCCGCCCGCCGAAGCAUGCAAAAAGUCCAACCUGAAUCUGCAGAUUUCCACCGGGACGAAAGUGCCUACGAACUGUGUGGAGAGCAGCACCGGAACCACGGCUCAGAACUACUGCUACAAGGUGUGCCUGACACCCGAAUCAGCCAAAAGUGACUUCAUGUUCAUGAAAUCGUACAGUCUGAACACGCCGAGAAAUAACGCGGAGGCUGAAAAGAUGGCGCGGAGCUCACAGAGCCGCGGUUCGGCGAAUAACGGAGCGACAACUCCUAACGAGUUAAAACAAGACAAUACUAACUGGGCUCUUACCAAGAACCAAACAUCAACUUUGAAAAGUUAUAACUCAAUCAAUAUGGAUGGCACGCUCAUGAAGAAGGUCAUGCAGACUGAUUCUGAGAACUAUGUAAGUCCAGUGGCUGCAGGACAGUACUGGACAUGGGGAACACGAAUGAGAGAGUGCAAAAUGUCUUCCCCUGCAACCGGCCUCCAUGAGCGGGCAUGGACACCCCGCUACACCCCCACAAAAACUCCCCAACAGCAGCAGCCUUCAGGUCAAACACAUAGUCAUCCUCCACCUGACUACCAACACAAUGUCUACAUCCCUGGGACUCCAUCUGCCCUCUGUACCCUGCGGCCCAGUAACCGCAGUGAGCUUGAUGUCCACAACACCUUCUCCACCUUUGGCAAGAAACGCAAGUUCAUCUCCCCCAGCAGUUAUGACCCAAGGGAUGAAACAGGUACUGAGGUGAUCAAUAAUGACCUGUAUAAUGAAUAGUGAAAAAGAGUGGCGAGAGACUGCAUCAGUGUGCGAGAUGGUGGACAGAACAUGUUGAGGGGAAGCAAAUAUGCUGAAAAGAAAAAGCAGUGAAUCAACCAAAGCAGAGCCGAGCCUAUUUAGCCAAUCCAUACUGCUCUAAUUUUAAUUCAUGUUUCUGAUCAGGGUGGUAUGCUUCCCAUGACCCACUUUGCUCUUAGGUACACUUUCUGGUUUACGUCUGUCAUGUCUGUAUGUUUGUGAAACAUAAAGCAUAAUCCAGAAGAAAGCAGAAGAAAGCUUGACUCCAGCAGGGGUUGGAAGUACUGGCUUAUUAUCAGAGAUUAACAUCCCAUCGGUUAAGGCCAUCUAAAUGAACCUGAAUAUAGUAUAGUAAAUUAAAAAGGUGGGAGGUCUGGUUACCAUUUGUACAGUGUUUCACAUAUUUAUGUCUGUUUUCUUUGGGUUCUCCAGUUUUCUUGCAGAAACAUGACGGCAGGUGAAUUGCCUACUCCAAGAUUUAAAAAUGCCUCUAGAAACAAUCCUAUGUGUAAAGGAAUGUAAAAGCUCCAGAUCUACUGUGAUCCUGGCCAGAGUAAAGUGGUUACCCUGGGUAAGGAUGAAUGAAUAAAUGAAAUUAAUUUAUUAUACAUCAUGAGGAUAGUGAACAGACUAAUUGUGUGGCUUGGACUGAUUAUAUUCUUAGAAAAAAAAACACUUUAAAGAUUAUUUAAAGGUUCUAUGCAGAACCUUACAACCAAGUCUUUCCAAUCAGAAAGUGGUCCAAGCAGAACUAAUGGAAGCUAAGAACCUUUGAAGAGCUCUAGAAAGUAUCCUUGAUUAACUCAUAAGGGGUCUUUUUUCUAUUCUUCUGUGUGAAUCAUGGGCUGAGUAACCACUUACUACUGUUUUGUUUGGACAACUUGUUCAAAGGUAUGAAGGUCAAAUAUAACAAACAUCAACAGUGACAUUGUGCUCAGAUUUUCCAUGCCAUUAUUAUUAUUAUUGUUGUGCUACAAUUUUUGACAAUCAUAUUAGGUAAACUGUGAGCAUUACAUACCCUUUGGCCACAGUGUGAAUUUUCUGUGUUAGCAGAAACAUCAGGCCAUAGCCUUGCAUUGAUUGCUUGCUCAGUUAAAGAGGUGAAUCAGUCUAACAUGGUUAUUGUUCAGUGAACAACAUGUACAAUACUAAUAUGUAUGCAAACUGUGUAACUGAAUCGCGGCAUAUCACUGUAUAAAUUCUGAUAAUAAAGUAUUUUUUCUAAUAGACAAUGUCUAUUAUAAAUUAUACACAUUAUCAUUUGUAUUAUGUAUUUUUCUAAGAAAUAACAUGGGUUGCUGUGAGAAGGUUCUUUAUGACGUCUGAUAUACGUACCAUUAAAAAAAAACAACUUAAUUUUCCAGUGUUAGUACAUCUUUGAGUUUUUUUUGUGUUCGGAUGACAAAGACAUUUUGAACAGUUUUAAUGUUACUGAUUUUUUUCUUGCACUUUCUUUUCUAACUAUAAUUCUAAUUUAUUUCUAUUUAAUGAUGUUUUAAUUAUGUCAACUCAUCUUAUUUUACAGUGCAAAAGAAAUGAGAAGUGACAAUUUAAUUGACAACUUAGACACCUUAAUAUGAAAAGGCCUGUCAAAACUCCUGGGAUGAGAUUUUGGUAUCUAAUUUUAUGUUUCUAGGUGAAUAGAGGGUUAAAUGGAGUAACACCAGCAGAAAAACAAGUUUUAUUAUGUAAUAUUUCAUACAGUUGCGGAUUCAAAUAAUGAAGGAGGAAUAUAACAUUGGAGGCAUUGUAGGGGGCUAAUCACUCCUCUAAAAGAUGCAUUUUUGUUUCAGUCAAAUGAUGUGUAUAGAUUGAUUGUUAAUGCAGUUGAUUUAUGCAGGAACGUCACCAUGCUGUUCCACAAGAAAAUAAAAACAAAAAGAAUGAGAAAUGAGCUAAAAUUCUGGAAACGUAUCUUUUGCAGCAUUAUAUCUCCAUCCUUAAUAUUAGGAAAAGGUGCCCAUAGAU